AUGGAUGCACCCCCGGCACCCCCAUUCCGACCCUCGCAGGGCUUCCUGAGCCGGCGAUUGAAGAGCUCCAUCAAACGGACAAAGAGCCAGCCCAAACUGGACCGGACCAGCAGCUUCCGCCAGAUCCUGCCCCGGUUCCGGAGUGCCGACCAUGACAGAGCCCGCCUCAUGCAGAGCUUCAAGGAGUCGCACUCCCAUGAGUCACUGCUCAGUCCCAGCAGCGCUGCAGAGGCCCUGGAGCUCAACCUGGACGAGGACUCUGUCAUCAAACCCGUGCAUAGCAGCAUCCUGGGCCAGGAGUUCUGCUUCGAGGUCACCACGGCAUCCGGCACCAAAUGCUUUGCCUGCCGCUCAGCUGCUGAGCGCGACAAGUGGAUUGAGAACCUACAGCGGGCCGUGAAACCCAACAAGGAUAACAGCCGGCGUGUGGAUAAUGUGCUGAAGCUGUGGAUCAUUGAGGCGCGGGACCUGCCCCCCAAGAAGCGCUAUUACUGCGAGCUGUGCCUGGAUGACAUGCUCUACGCCCGCACCACCAGCAAGAUGCGCACGGACAAUGUCUUCUGGGGCGAGCACUUCGAGUUCAACAACCUGCCCGCUGUGCGCACCAUCCGCCUGCAUCUCUACAAGGACACGGACAAGAAGCGCAAGAAGGACAAGAGCAACUAUGUGGGCAUGGUCAGCAUCCCGAUCGCUAGCGUGACUGGGCGCCACUUUGCCGAGCAGUGGUACCCACUCAGCCAGCCCAGCACCAGCAAGAGCAAGGCCGGCUGCCCCGCAGUGCGUGUCAAGAGCCGCUUCCAGACCAUGAGCAUCCUGCCCAUGGAGCUGUACAAGGAGUUCGCCGAGUACGUGACCAACAACUACCGCAUGCUGUGCGCUGUGCUGGAGCCGGUGCUGAGCGUCAAGAGCAAGGAGGAGGUGGCCUGUGCGCUGGUGCACAUCCUGCAGAGCACUGGCAAAGCCAAGGAUUUCCUCUCGGACAUGGCCAUGACGGAGGUGGAUCGGUUCAUAGACCGGGAGCACCUGAUCUUCCGGGAGAACACCCUGGCCACGAAAGCCAUCGAGGAGUAUCUGAAACUCAUUGGCCAGAAAUACCUCAAGGAUGCCAUUGGUGAGUUCAUCCGGGCGCUGUACGAGUCAGAGGAGAACUGCGAAGUGGACCCCAUGAAAUGCUCCUCGUCCACCCUGCCGGACCACCAGGCCAACCUGCGGAUGUGCUGUGAGCUGGCGCUCUGCAAGGUCGUCAAUUCGCACUGUAUGUUCCCACGGGAGCAGAGGGGGGCCUUUUUGGUGUGCUGUGGGGAGAGGGGCCGCGAGGACAUCGCUGACCGGCUGAUCAGUGCCUCACUUUUCUUGCGCUUCCUGUGCCCGGCUGUCAUGUCGCCCAGCCUUUUUGGCCUCAUGCAGGAGUAUCCAGACGACCAGACGUCCCGCACGCUGACCCUCAUCGCCAAGGUCAUCCAGAACCUGGCCAACUUCAGCAAGUUCGGCAGCAAGGAGGAAUACAUGGCGUUCAUGAAUGAGUUCCUGGAGCUGGAAUGGGCCAGCAUGCAGCAGUUCCUCUACGAGAUCUCCAACCUUGACACCCUGACCAACAGCAGCAGCUUUGAGGGCUACAUCGACCUGGGCCGUGAGCUCUCCACGCUGCAUGCUUUGCUCUGGGAGGUCAUGCCCCAGCUCAGCAAGGAAGCCCUGAUCAAGCUGGGCCCCCUGCCUCGGCUGCUCAACGACAUCAGUGUCGCCCUCAGGAACCCGCACAUCCAGCGGCAGCCAAGUCACCAGGGGGAGCGGCUGCAAACCAAGCCCCUCAUUCUGCGGGGUCCCUCCUCCGACAUGCAGUCCUACAUGAUGCGGGACCUGAACAGCUCUGUGGAUCUCCAGUCCUACAUGGUGCGGGGCCUGAACAGCUCCAUGGACAUGACCCGGUUGCCUUCGCCCACCAAGGAGAAGGGCUCCAAGGACAUGUUCUUCGUGACACGCCCACCCCUGGCCCGCUCCUCGCCCGCCUACUGCACCAGCAGCUCAGACAUCACAGAGCCCGACCAGAAGAUGCUGAGCGUCAACAAGAGUGUCUCUAUGCUGGACCUGCAGGACAGCCGCAUGAACAGCGUCUCCAACCUGCAGAGUGGAGGUCCCACCACCCCCAGCCACAGCUACAGCGACGAGUUCACCCGCCAGGGCUCCGAGUUCACCAAGCGCCAGCUCUCGCUGCAGGAGAACCUGCAGAACAUGCUCUCCCCUCCCCAGAUGACCGUCAGUGCUGCGCAGAAGCCUCGGCCCUCCAGCCCCAACCUGCUGCAGUCACCCGAGCCCACCUACGGGCCAGCCCGCACCCGGCAGCAGUCCGUCACCAAGGAGACGCCCUCGGCGCUCAAGCCAACCAUUACCAAGCAGCCUUCCCACACACCUUCCACGCUGAACCCCGUCAUGCCGGCCUCGGAGCGCACAGUGGCCUGGGUCUCUAACAUGCCGCACCUGUCGGCUGACAUUGAGAGCUCCCACAUUGAGCGUGAGGAGUACAAGCUGAAGGAGUACUCCAAGUCCAUGGAUGAGAGCCGGCUGGACCGGGUGAAGGAAUACGAGGAGGAGAUCCACUCUCUGAAGGAGCGACUGCACAUGUCGAACCGCAAGCUGGAGGAGUAUGAGCGACGCCUCAUGUCGCAGGAGGAGCAGACCAGCAAGAUCCUGCUGCAGUACCAGCAGCGGCUGGAGCAGAGUGAGAAGCGGCUACGCCAGCAGCAGGUGGAGAAGGACUCACAGAUCAAGAGCAUCAUUGGCAGGUUGAUGCUGGUGGAGGAGGAGCUGCGCAGGGAUCACUCGGGCGCCCACGACGUCUCCGAACCCCGGAAACGCCUGCUCGACGCUCAGGUGGAGAGGCAGCUUUCCGCCGUGGGUACAACAAACCCGCGUUUGAGCGGCGCCCUGGCCCAGCCAUGGAACGGGAUCCUACCCGCCCAGCCACCGCCUCCGCCCCCGCGACUCCAGAUCACGGAAAAUGGAGAGUUCCGCAACACCGCUGCUGAGCACUAGCCGCCGCCCCCGCCAGACGCGGUCCUGGGGAGAUGGGGGGGCCCCCCCAGCCCGCAGCUCGGCGGGAGCAGCAGAGACGCUGGCAGGGACAGAGGCCCUCCCAAACAAAUAGACCUGCACGGGGGGGCACCCUUUUGCCCCCUCCCCUUGCACCAGCGCCCCUUCGAACCAGCCCUCCCCGGCCCUCCCCCACACACCUGCCCUGUUCUUCGGGGACAGUAUGAUGCUUUGAACUCAACUUCAGGGUGUUUUAUAGCAGAACACAGAUGACAAUCUUACACCCCUCCUCCCAUGCACCUUCUCUCCCCUCCCAGGGGGAGCAGGUCUGACUUCCUCUCUCCUGUGCCAUGGACCUCCGCCUCCCCUUGAAGGAAAUGGGGACAAUACCUCUUCCCCCUCCCUAUUUCUCAGGAGUGGUCUCGCCCUGGCAGCCAUUUUAUUGCAUUGUCCCUCCUUGCCUGGGGGGCAGGGAAACCCCUCCAGCCUGCCCACGGGGGCAGCUGAAGGGCUCAUUUUGGUUGGUUGGCCGCAUUCCUGGAGGUUUCGUCACAUGACAUAAUCUUUAAUACCCGGAGACUCCAGGACAAGCCUGGAGGGUUGGAAACUCAAGGGGCAGCAGAGACUGGUGGCAGCUGGAGGCAAAGCUCUCCCCAUUUUGCUGUAGGGGGGGGCUCUGUGCCUGGCAGGAGGGAUUCUCAGGGGGCGAGGGCUCAUAGCUCUUUGUUCCAGUAUUUCUCUCUUCCCUCCAGCAUGGGAUUUGGGUCAGGGUCGAAGACUUGUGGAAUAGCAAGUACUAGCCCUGCCCCACCCAUCACAUACCAUCCUCGCUCCCCACAGCCCUGCCCUGGCCGAGGGAAAGACCACCCCUUCUGUCCUUCCUGGCUAGGCUCAGGCCUAAGGUUUGCCAUGGCCUCUGCCAGUCCUGCCUGGUGUCAGCAUUGGGGAUCUCUCCCCAUCUCUCAGCUGGUCCCAGUGGUGGGAUCCCACCUUCCUCUCCCACUGCUCUCUGCGCUCUCUAUACUCUCAUAAAGGGCUUUGCCUGCUCAGCCCCAUCCCCGUGUCCUGCACCCCCCCUCUGUCUUUGGAAAUGAUGAUUAUCUAGACAUUGAUUGGUUUUUUUCUGGGGAGGGCAAUGAGGGAGGGGCCUUUUCUUUCUUUCUUUCUUUCUUUCCUUCUCCCUGUUCUCAGACCCCCUGUCCCCCCAGGCUGGGGUUGUUGGGGGGGAAACAACCAACAAAAUAAUGAAGAAGCCAUUUCUCCCCCCACCCGCCAGCGCGUGCAGGGCACCGGGGCGGGGGAGCGACCCCCCCCACCUGAGCACGGAGAACUGGAGGGGACUCUUGUGGCUAUUCACCGUUGUGCUAUGGUCUGAGCUGCUGGGUGAAUGUGGUCAGCGCAGUGAUUGUACUGGGUGUUUCUUUGCUGUUUGUGUCUCUAUUUCAGACUCGCCAUUAACCAGCCCUCCCUUGCCCCCUCCUGCACCUCAGUCCGUAUUUCUUUUGUAAGGACUCUCCCUGUCCUCCCCCACCCCCAGACAGCGGCGACUCGGGUGGCGCCAUGAUAUUUAUACGUAUUAAUUAUUAUUAUUAUAUAAAAGUUUGUACAUA